AUGGCCCCAUCUCACAAUAAGCAUAAAAGCAAAAAAAUAGCACGAAAAUCAGUACAACAAAUAGCGAGUAAAAAUGUGAAACGACCAAUAAUGGCCCCAUCUCACAAUAAGUGUAAAAGCAAAAAAAUAGCACGAAAAUCAGUACAACAAAUAGCAAGUAAAAAUGCGGAAUGGCCAAUAAUGGCCUCAUUCCACAAUAAGCAUAAAAGCAAAGAAAUAGCACGAAAAUUAGUACAACAAAUAGUGAGUAAAAAUGCAGAAUGGCCAAUAAUGGCCCCAUCCCACAAUAAGCCCCCAUCCCACAAUAAGUGUAAAAGCAAAGAAAUAGCACGAAAAUCAGUACAACAAAUAGCGAGUAAAAAUGUGGAACGGCCAAUAAUGGCCCCAUCCCACAAUAAGCGUAAAAGCAAAAAAAUAGCAUGA